AUGGCUAUAGCAGAAGUAUUUCUUGGUGCGUUUAUAACUGUGUUGUUUGAGCGAAUGGCCUAUCGCGAGUUUUUGAACUUUGCUCGCAGCGAGGGAAUUCAUACCCAGUUGGAGAAAUGGAGCGAAGUGUUGAUGACAAUUCGAGCAGUGCUCAACGAUGCAGAGGCUAAGCAAAUAACGGAGAAAGCUCUGAAUAGUCUCAGUGAUUUGGCUUAUGAUUUGGAUGACCUAUUGGACGAAAUUGCCACAGAAGCUUUGGCGCAUGAAGUGAAAUCCAAGCCCGAAAUAGCUACCACAAGUAAGGUACGAAAAUUCAUCCCUGCUUGUUGUACUAAUUUUCGUAAAUCUGUUACGCUCAAAAUAAAGAUGGGUCCCAAGAUUGAGAAUAUCACUUCUAGAUUACAAGAUGUUGUAAAACUGAAAGAUGAUCUGGAUUUGAGGGUUAAUCGAGAAGCAAGGUUAAACAGAGAAUCAGAGAGAUUACCGACAACUUGCUUGGUUGAUGAGCCACAUGUUUAUGGUCGGGAAAAGGAAAAACAAGAAAUACUUGGACUGGUUCUUAGGGAUGAAUCAGGUAAUGAUGAAACAUGCGUCAUUCCAAUAGUUGGGAUGGGUGGUGUGGGCAAGACCACUCUUGCUCAACUUGUGUACAAUGAUGAGAAAGUUGAGGAUUUCUUUGAUUUGAAAGCAUGGGUGUGUGUUUCUGAAGAGUUCAAUGUAUACAUGAUAACCAAGAUUAUUCUUGAGGAAGUCACCAAGGAAAUAUGUGACUCCAAGGCCUUGAACAUGUUGCAAGUGAGUCUCAAAGAGAAACUUUCUCGAAGGAAAUUUCUUAUUGUUUUAGAUGAUGUUUGGAACGAGAACUACGAAAAAUGGGAUCUCGUAUGUGCUCCUUUUUGA